ACUCGCGCCUGUUACAAACUGAUCCGAAUCAAAACACGAUGUGUCAAGUGUGAACUGCAGGGCUCUCUUGGCCAUUAUGACUCCGGCCUUGAUCAUUCCGAUUAGCAUACUAGGAACAGUUCUAACAGUCUCCCUUUUCGCCUUGUUGUUACUUAUAUGUACCAAACGGCGUUGCAGGAAGGCUGAAUUUUCACAGCAGCAAUAUCAGAAGCAGGAUGCAGAGUUGGUGGAAGCAGCAUGGAACACAUCUCGCAGUGAACCAGGUUUGGAUGGCUUUUCUCCACAGGAUGACCUGCCAGAAAUGUUUUUGGAUCCUGAUUGGAGUGGUGAUGCAGAAAACCUGAUAUUGCACUGCAUUGACUUGUUGAAAUCCUGUCAUGUACUAACAGAACAGCUUGUUGCCCACACAAUGGAGAGCAGUGGAACAAUCAAAUCACCAACAGAAAUGGACAAAAUUGUGACUGCAGCAAAGAAUAUAAGGCCAAGAGUGGAUGAGCUGGUCAAAGCAAUGUAUACACCUUCAGAUUCCAAACAAAUUGAAGAGAGGUCAACAGCUCUCUACAAAUCUGUUUGCCAGCUACUUCAGGUUGUGAGAAGUGCGUCCAACAGACCAGAUACACUUGCCUGGGCUGGUGAAAUUAUUGUUGCCAUAGAGAAGCACAUGAAAGCAAUGCAGUUGGAAUGUCAAUCAGUGUGUUCAUCUUGCUCAUCUAUACAGAGCACAGCCAGCUCAGAGUCUUGUCUUUGCCAACAGUCAGUAGUGAUGGUCACGAACCAAGCCUACUGUUACCCACGGAACACAGUAGUGUAUUAACUAACCCAGCCGGGUUUGAUGCCAGCAGCAAGCCAAUGGCAUUCUGAACUGAGAAUUAUUACAUGCAGUGCGACAGUUAAUAUUUUGUAGUUUAAAAAAUUUACGCUUAAGAAUAAACUUUUUGUAUGAGUGGUUUUAAGCAGUAACACCUCUGUAAGUAUGAUGUUAGAGUUUUGUAAUAUUGUUGCAUUUCACAGCCGCAUUUCCUCUUCAACUUUUUGUGUCAUAUAUUGUGCUAAUGUUUAAUACAUGUAGAUGUGUGUGAAAGAAAAUUUCCAUAUUUGUUAGAAUGAGUAUAUUUUCGGAAGGGAAUGCAUCUCAAGAAAGACUAGUUUGGUAUGGGGACUCAGAGAUUUAACAUGCUUUUUUCACUGACAACUUGUUUUUCCGAACAAAUUGCAAAAAAAAUAGUAAUCAAAAUUGAUGAUAUUGAUAAUGAUAAUUAUGACAGAAAUAUAAUGAUAUUGGGAUACAGUUCAAUUUAAAGCAAAAUGAAUAAAUUUUUGUCUUUUUUUUUUU